CUGUAGCUUAACCACACCAAAAAUAUCUUCUUCCGCCCUGUUUUUUGCUAUGUCCCGUUCUGACCCGUUUUGCAAUGUUGUGCCACACGUUCAAAUAUGUUCCGGCCCGUGCGCGAGUAUCUUUGGUCUGCCCGAUGUUUUGGUACAAUGUUCUGCUCCGACCCGUGUUCCGGUCCACACGUUGUGAAGCAUUAAUCUGAAGCUGCAUGCGUUGAGCCUCAGCGGAGUCAUAAUGCUGCUCUUAAACUGCUCCCAUGCAGUAAUCUGAAGCGCAGCUUUUACUGGCUGGAGCGCAAUUGACUUUUCAGCAUCUCUGCUCAUCAGCAUCCCCCCCCCCACCCCCCACCCCGCCUCCAGCUGACGAGCGUAUUGGCAUCUGCAUCCUUCCGCCUCACUGAAUUAUUGAAGAGUUUGGAGCAUCCUCGUGUGCAGCGGGUGAAUUGUCAUCGACUAUUUUUCUCUUUCAAAUGGACUCACGGAUGUGAUUCGGUUUCCAGCGCUCCCCCCCCCCCCUCCUCUUCCUCCUCCUCUUUAGCCAGGCGGGAUGUUCCCGUCCUCGUCCAGAAGCUCUGCGUUCUCGCCCUGGUCGUCCAUGGAGCAGUCAGACUCGGAAGCGUUGGACAUCAGCGCCAAGGUGCAGCUGCACGGCGUCCUGUGGAAGAGACCAUUCGGGCGACCUUCGGCCAAGUGGUCCCGCAGAUUCUUUGUGAUCAAAGACAGCUUUUUGCUCUACUACGCCGAGAGCGAGAAGAGAAGCUUCGAGAGCAGCAGGAUCUUCAACAUCCACCCCAAGGGUGUGAUCCCCCUGGGAGGAUGCGUGGUGUCGGCCACGGAGGACAUGGGCAUGCCCUUUGGCCUCGUCAUCAGCCUGGAAGACUUCUCGGGCACUGUGGUGGUGGCGGCUGAGUGUGAGGAAGAGCAGCUGCGCUGGAUGGAGAUGCUCCAGGAGUCGGGCAAAGUCACGUGGAAGAACGCUCAGCUCGGGGAGGCCAUGAUUGAAAGUCUGGAGGCUCAGGGGCUUCAGCUGGCCAAGGAGAAGCAGGAGUACCUCGAUAAGCUGAUGGAGGAGACGGAGGAGCUCACCCACCAGCGAGCACAGAGAGAAGAGCUGGAGCGUCUCAAUCAGGUUCUAGAGGAAGAGAAGAUGAAGUACGAGGAAGUAGUGAUGGAGCUCAAAGCAGAGCAGGAGCAAAUUAAACUCGACCUGGACGGCACAACUCAGUCUCUCCAAGGUGUGGAGAGUGAGAAGGCGGAGCUGAGCGGCCUGACGGUCAUGCUGCAGAAGUCCAUCGAGCAACUCUCACAGGAGAAGCAGAGAACUCUGGAGCUAUUGGAGGCCGAGGAGGAGGAGGAGGUGGAGAAGGUGAAUGAUGAUGAUGAUGAGGAGGAGGAAGGGGUGGAGAACAGGAAGGAGCCGGGGAACUUGGACCUCCUGCGGGAUCUGCACCACAUCGAGGAGCAGAUGAAGCUGCUGCUGAAGGAGAAGGAGCAAGCAGAUGAGAAAUUGCGUGAGAAUCAGCAGCGGGCAGAAGUCCUGCAGCAGGAGCGAGAGUUUUACUCGUCGCAGGCCACGACGCUGCAGCAGUCGCUCUCUCAGCUCACCGCAGACAAGAGGCAAACCGAGGCCGAGCUGCAGGCGGAGAUGGAGUCUCGCAUGGAGCUGGAGCAGAGGCUGAAGCAGGCCGAGGAGGCCCUCCAAGACCUGGAGAAAGGCCUGGACUCUCUGGAUCGCAGCAGCGAGCGAGACCAGAGAAUGAGGGGCGACGUCACUCAGCUGAGGCGCUUCUUCGAGGAGUGCAUCUGCGCAGCCGAGAUCGAAGCCAAGCUGCCGGCGAUCAUGAAGAACGCCGUCUACCUCCAUAAGGCGGCGGCGCGCAGGAUCAAGAGCUGCCGCGUCCAGAGGAGAGCCUCGAGACGACACUGGCUGAAACACUCCAAGUCAUUUGCCACGGCGAGCCUCGACGGCGGCGUGGGCAGCAGUAUGGAGGAGCUGAGGGAGACGGCGCGCCGCCUCACCUGCGACAGCAACUUCCGGCAGAGCGUCUACAAGAUCAUAGCGCGCAAGGACGUCGCCACCAGCUUUGACCAAGACUGACGCCGGACGGACUACUCGUCCACGCGGAGGUAGACGUUAACCGCGUUUGUUAAAGCAGCGAGGGAAAUCACGCCUGUGAGAUCGGAAUGUAAACACCACAAACAUGGCCCAGGUUAGUAUUAGGGUGACAUUAUAGUUGAUUAUUGUAGCAGAUACUCUCUUCUAAUCGAACUUGGGGGUGCCAGGGCCCUUCGACGGUUAUAAAAACUUUAGCCCCCCUGACACUAGUUUCACCUAUCGACAAAAAAAAAAGUCUCAAGGAAGCAUGCCUGAAAUUGAACAGGAAGUCGGCCAUUUUGCUUUGAAUCAGGCUUUUGGGGGAAAUUCCCUUGUGACUCGUACUUGUGAUUUUGCUCCAAAUUAGCUCAAAUUGGAAACGGUUGUCCUACAACGGGUAACACUAAAUUGCCUAAAAGCUUUUUUUUUUUUUUUUUAACCCAGACGCCACCUAAUGUGGUCAUAACAUGGAUUAUUUGUGAAUCCAAAUGAAUUUAGAUUCAGUCUAAAAGUGAUCAUUAUCGUCGUUGAAGGCAUCCUUGACUUCUCAUUUCGCCGGCCGUAAAAGAAACCCUAUCUGCUGAAAAUACGCAGAGUGGGUUGGUAAAACAGCACUCUCUUGUGCGUGUGUGGUCACAUGAAGCCUUAAUUUGGGGCUUGUUGAUGUCAUCAUAGUAACAUAACGCCAAAUGCUACUGUAAUAAUAAGCUGCAUUAUAUGUACCGCCCCAAAAUCUUUUUGCUGCAUAAUACAAUCCGGGCUGAUAUACUUGAUCCGAGGGAAUAAAAAGAAU